AAAUAAAACUAACGACCAUAGUAGACGAGGAAAGUGCAAUUUAUAAUCCGUGGAAGCCAUAUUCAAAAGUUCUUCUUUGUGUUAAUCAUUUUAGAAGAAAUUUCAAACUUUAUCUACAGAAAACAUUAUUAAACCCAGAGCAUAGAAAAACAGUAUUAUCCUUAGCUUUCAAGAAGAAUGGUGUUAUAGACUCCAUUGAUGACGAUGACAUUCAAGUUAAACUUGGACUCUUACAAGAAGAGCUUCUCAAUAUUCCAAUCAGUGAACAAGACUGUGAAAAAAUAAUAAACCGGUUCCUAGCCGCAGGAGAAAACUAGCUGAACAUAUUAUAAAAUCAGCUCGAGCUGAAGCGGGAUUCAACACUAAUGGUAUUGAAGGUUUUAACUCUAGAUUAAAAGCAGAGUUACCCAAGAGUGGCAAGUACUCAUAUAUAGAGUAUACUCAAAAUGUUUUGAAUGUCAUCGAAAAAUAUCAUAAAUUUAUGGUCAAAUGGGCCAUUUCCGGAACAGGUGACUUCUCUCUGACAGAACCUUUUGAACACCUGGGAAUUGACCUUGCAAAAUGGCAUGAAAAAGGAGAAAGUUACCAAAUUAAAUACAUAAACAAAUUUAUGCAACUAAACUUAAAAACUGCAAGAAGAAUUACCUCUAUUGAUAUACAGGAUGUUGAAGAGGUAAAUACUGCUGUUAAUCUACUACCAUGUGGAUUGAAAGGCAGUUAAGUGAGUUAUGGAAUGUCACAUCUAUUAGCAAACGCAACCAUAGGAAAGGCAGAGUUGCUUCUUUCAAAUACUGUAGA